AUGACGACGAUGGAGAGCUUGAUCGGGUUGGUGAAUAGGAUACAGAGGGCGUGUACUGUGCUGGGUGACUAUGGAGGCAGUGAUAGUUCUUUCUCUUUGUGGGAAGCUUUGCCCUCUGUUGCCGUCGUCGGUGGCCAGAGUUCGGGGAAGUCUUCGGUUUUGGAGAGCAUUGUUGGGCGUGACUUUCUCCCCAGAGGAUCAGGGAUUGUGACGAGGCGGCCUUUGGUGUUGCAGCUCCACAAGACAGAUGAAGGAACCCAGGAGUAUGCCGAGUUCCUUCACCUCCCCAAGAGAAGAUUCACUGAUUUUGCCAUGGUUCGAAAGGAAAUUCAGGAUGAAACUGAUAGAAUAACAGGAAAGUCAAAACAGAUAUCUCCUGUUCCCAUCCAUCUCAGCAUCUACUCCCCAAAUGUUGUCAACUUAACCCUAAUUGAUUUACCCGGUUUGACGAAAGUUGCUGUUGAGGGCCAGCCUGAAAGUAUUGUUGAAGAUAUUGAAAAUAUGGUUCGAUCUUAUGUUGAGAAGCCUAAUAGCAUCAUACUAGCAAUAUCUCCAGCCAACCAAGAUAUAGCCACAUCUGAUGCUAUCAAACUUGCUAGGGAAGUGGAUCCAACAGGUGAACGAACAUUUGGGGUGUUGACAAAGCUUGAUUUGAUGGACAAAGGAACUAACGCAUUGGAUGUUAUUGAAGGAAGAUCUUAUCGCCUGCAACAUCCUUGGGUUGGAGUUGUCAACCGUUCACAAGCAGAUAUUAAUAAAAACACUGACAUGGUUCUUGCGAGGCGAAAAGAGCGUGAAUACUUUGCAACCAGUGCCGACUAUGGGCACUUAGCUAGUAGAAUGGGUUCUGAGUAUCUUGCAAAACUUCUCUCGAAGCACUUGGAGUCUGUGAUUAGGGCUCGAAUUCCAAGUAUCACAUCUAUGAUUAACAAAAGCAUUGAUGAACUUGAAUCGGAGAUGGACCAUCUCGGUAGGCCUAUUGCCGUUGAUGCUGGGGCUCAAUUAUACACUAUCCUGGAACUUUGCCGUGCAUUUGACCGGAUUUUCAAGGAGCAUUUAGAUGGAGGGCGGCCUGGGGGUGACCGGAUAUAUGGUGUCUUUGACAACCAGUUGCCUGCUGCAUUGAGGAAGCUUCCAUUUGAUCGACAUCUUUCCUUACAGAAUGUGAGGAAAGUGGUUUCAGAGGCUGAUGGUUAUCAGCCUCACUUGAUUGCUCCAGAGCAAGGUUACCGCCGCCUAAUUGAGGGAUCACUGAAUUAUUUUAGAGGGCCAGCUGAAGCUUCUGUGGAUGCUGUCCACUUCGUCUUGAAAGAACUUGUAAGGAAGUCAUUAGCAGAAACUCAGGAAUUGAAGCGCUUUCCGACUCUGCAAGCUGAAAUAGCUGCUGCUUGUAAUGAAGCCUUGGAAAGGUUCCGUGAUGAUAGUAAGAAGACAACUCUUCGAUUAGUGGAGAUGGAAUCUUCAUAUUUGACUGUGGAUUUCUUUCGGAGACUUCCCCAGGAAGUGGAGAAGCCAGGAAACCCAGGUACCACGACUUCUCCCGCUGUGGACCGAUAUGCAGAGGGUCACUUUCGGAGGAUAGGAUCGAACGUAUCCUCUUAUGUGGGAAUGGUGUCUGAGACACUGAGGAACACAAUCCCCAAGGCUGUCGUUCAUUGUCAAGUCAGAGAGGCCAAAAUGUCGUUGCUAAAUCACUUCUAUAUACAAAUAGGAAAGAGAGAGUUGCCGCUUGGGCAUGUGUUUCAGGCUAAGCAGCUUUCCCAGCUGCUUGACGAAGACCCGUCGUUGAUGGAGAAGAGGCAACAGUGUGCUAAAAGGCUUGAAUUAUACAAGUCAGCUAGGGAUGAGAUUGAUUCUGUAUCAUGGGCUCGCUGA